AUGAGAUCCGCAUUUAUAGUAUUACUAUUUAGUAUUAUUUAUUAUUUUUCUGGUCCGACACACGACUAUGGAGACGCAUUAUGGAUAGCAUUUAUGCGUAUACUUGAUCCAUGUGCCGCUGCAGAGGAUACAGGUGUAAAACAUCGAAUUAUAUCUGGAAUUGUAAUACUUUUUGGACUUGUCAUUGUUGCAAUAUUAAUUGGUACAAUAGUCACUUUUAUGGACGAGAAACUAGGUGAAUUAAGAAAAGGACGAACAACAGUUGUUGAACACAAUCAUACAAGAUGGUCACCAUUAAUAUUUAAUAUUAUUAAAGAAUUAAUUAUCGCUAAUGAAAGUCAACGUAAUCCAUCAAUUGCUAUUUUAGCCGACAAAGAGCGUGCUGAAAUGCAAGAUACAAUUAAAGAUAAAGUAAUUAAUUACAAAAAUACAAGAAUUAUUUGUCGAAGUGGUGAUCCGAUGUUGGUAUGUAGAAAGCAAAUG